GAGAUGAAAACCGAAAGCCCCCAAGGCCAGAGCUUCCACAGGUUCUUCGACUCUUGGCUCGUCGAGUUACAUAACAACCUUGAACAGCUCGUCUCCGCCGCCAACCGCCACCACGACGAUGAACAUAUUCAGGACAACUCAUCAGUUUUAAGCCCACUGAUUGAAAAAACCGUGGGGCACUACGAGGAGUACUACAAGGCUAAAUCAGAUGGUGCAAAAGGAGACGUGAUUUCCAUGUUUUCGCCAACGUGGCUGACCAAGCUCGAGGAUUCCUUUUUGUGGAUUGCAGGAUGGCGACCGACAACGGCCAUCCACCUGCUGUACUCCAAGUCAGGAAUCCAGCUUGAAGGCAGAAUCGCUGACCUAGUCCCGUUGUUGCCGGUAGGAGAUUUAGGAGACUUGACUUCGAACCAGAUCAACCAAAUCGAUGAAUUACAGAGGAAGACCGUCCGUGAAGAGAGAAAGAUAAGUGAGAAAAUGGCGAAACUGCAGGAGUCGGUGGCAGACACUCCCAUGGUGAAUCUAUCCAACGAGGAAUCCGAGAAGAACAGGAACGGGAACGACGAUGGAGGGAGGAACGGUGAUCGCAAAGUGGAUUCGGCGCUGGAGCCGAAGAAGGAUGAGUUAGAAGAAGUGUUACACAAAGCAGAUGGUCUGAGAAUGGAAACAUUGAAAUCUGUGGUGGAGAUACUGACGCCGAUGCAGGCGGUGUACUUUUUAAUCGCGGCUGCUGAGCUGCACCUCCGGCUACAUGAUUGGGGCAAGAAGAGCGACGCGGUUUAGCUGUCUUCAAUCUCUAUACAUGCUCGUAGUACAUCCGAUCGAAGCUACAAAUCAAAGCAAAAAUUUAAAUCAAAUGUACGAACAAUCAAUUAGCUUAAAUCACCCUCUGUACUCGUCUAAGACCAGAUCUAGAUGACUCAAAUAAACCGUUUUCAGUUUAA